CACUUCAAAUUCUCUUCGUUGUGUGUUUUCUAAUUUAUUUUGUCGUUUAUGGAGUGGAGGAGAGGGCCCUUGAUUGGCCGCGGCUCCACCGCCACGGUGUCGCUGGCAACGGUGGUUCCUUCCGGCGAGGUUAUAGCGGUGAAGUCCACGGAGCUUUCAAAAUCUGAGUUUUUACAAAGAGAGCAAAAAUUCUUGUCCAAAAUGAACUCUCCUUACAUAGUUAAGUACAGAGGCUUCAAUGCGACAGAAGAAAUGUACAAUCUUUGCAUAGAUUAUGCGCCCGGUGGUUCACUUUUCGAUGAAAUUCAAAGGCACGGAGGAAGAUUAAAUGAGCAGAGGAUCAAAUUCUACACGAGCCAGAUCCUCAAAGGCUUGAAUUAUCUUCACACGAAAGGAUUAGUGCAUUGUGACAUCAAAAGCAAGAAUAUUUUGAUAGGCAAGGAUGGUUUUGCAAAGAUUGCUGAUCUGGGUUGUGCUAAAUUCGGGGAAAAUUUUGAUGACAAUGAAGAUUUUGCAAGGUCAGAAUUUUCCGGUACACCGGUGUUCAUGGCGCCGGAGGUGGCAAGGCGAGAGGAACAAGAGUUUGCUGCUGAUAUAUGGGCUGUUGGGUGCACAAUUAUUGAAAUGGCCACUGGCACUAACCCGUGGCCGGAGCUGAGUGACCCGGUUUCCGCCCUUUACCGGAUCGGAUUCUCCGGCGAGGUACCCGAGACGCCGCGUUGGAUUUCGGUGGAGGGGAAAGACUUCUUGAGCAAGUGUUUGAGAAAAGAUCCCAAUGAAAGAUGGACAGCCAAAGAGCUUCUUCAACAUCCAUUUGUUAGUGAAGUGAUUGAGUCCCAUAAUUGCUUCAAUGAAGAAAAUAUGACUUCUCCCUGCACAGUUCUUGAUCAUGGCAUUUGGGAUUCUUCAUUGGGCCUGAAAAUAUCUACAUAUCAAGUUUGUUCUUUGAAUUCGCUAGGUGAGAAGAUUCAGAAAUUGUUUGGAAGUGCAGCAAAUUGGAGGGGGGAUGAUGAAGAUUGGAUCACAGUCAGAAGCAAUGAGGAUCAAGAGUCAUCAACUGUAACAAGAUCAGAUUUUGAUUUUGAUUUUGAUUCUGCAGGAGAAGUUCAAAGUUCAAUUUUUUAUGCAGAUUUGUUGUUGCAAUCCUCUUUUGAAAGUGCUACUUCUUGUAAAGAUGAUUCUGUAUUGGAAAAUGUAUGUUUUGAGACAGAUAUUAAUGAAGAUUCAUGUUUGCUUCAAUCUGAGUUGUAUUUUUCUGUAGUAUUUUUACUUGAGACUGCAAUUUUCUGGUUUGAUUUUGGUUUCUUCUCUGUUGCUGUGAUGAGUUUGAACUCAACAGAGCCUUCUCACGGACUUUUCAAGUGUGAACAGAGGAGAACUUUUGAUUUUGACACCAAGUCCAAGAAAGUCUAUGAACAUGAUCCAAAUUAGAUGGCUAAAAUUGGC